AUGAAAAAAGGCGGGAGCGUGGCAAAGCGGGUUGGCAGUUCCCGAAGCGAGGCCAUCAAACGGCAGCGGCACGAUAAUUUAGUGCUUAUUAGCGCACAAAAAGCCAUUGUUUUGGCGUGCAUUGUGCGGAAGGGGCCGUGUGAAGUUGAUAUGUUUAUUACAAGGCAGCGGCGGGGCGCGGCGCGGCGUCCACCGUACGGAAACCGGGCGCGAAUAAACCUUAAUAGUGACGUCGAAUGGAUUAAAUAUUGCAACAACGCGAGGAAAAUCACCGUAUCGGCCGGUUAUCCGUACCGCCGGGGACUUUGUGUGUGGAACACCCGAACCGAGGGAAGGAGCCACGCCACAAAGGGUUCCGCUCGGUCGCUUAGCGAGCGUUACCACGUGCAGACAGACGCGCACACGUGGCUCGCAUUGGUUGUGACAGCGGCCGCC